AUGUCCGAGACGGCCACACCGGGUCCGAGGAACUCCAGGUCUCUCUUCAACAGAAGGUACACCGAUCUGAAGGCAUGCAAUGGGCAAGAAACUAAGGUACGAACAACGUCUGGUGACACCCUGAGCCUGGGCGCCGGAGUAGUAAGAACCGCCGGAGUCGCCGGGCUCGGCGCAGACACUGGUCUGGGUGAGGCCGGUGACACGUCCCUGGGAGUAGCUGACGGUAACACCGAGGGCGCGAACGGUGCCGCAGUGGACACCAGUGGUAGAGCCGGAGCGGCAGAUGCUGGCUCCAACCGCAGAGGCGGUGCUACCAGACACAGGGAGGCUACCGCCGCUGUAGUUGUUGAUGUAACCCCUGAGGGUGGUUCCACUGACAGUGCGGAUGAAGCUCAUGUCGGCGCUGCCUGGGAAGACUGA